AUGACAGUAAUCACUAUUGCCAAGAGAGGUUUACCAAAGUUAACCACUGCUGCCUCUUCGACAACAACUACUAGUUCAACUAGUACGAUAACAUCUGCUGCUUCUUCUUCCUCUUCUUCUUCAUUCCUUUCGUCCAACUCUACAACCUCUUCUAUCACUUCAAGUAUUACCCCCCCCUCUAAAAACGGUAAUCCUUAUAUUCUAGAUUCUGGAAAUAUGCCUAACGGAACAAUAUUCAUUAUAGUGGGAGCCAUUGCAGGAGCGAUUUUUUUGGCAAUAUUGCUAUGGUGGGUAAUUACAACUUAUUCUUCGCAUAGAUUAACUAGAAGUGUUCAGGAUUACGAAUCAAAAAUGUUUUCAACACAGCAUACCCAGUUUUACGGCGAUUCUCCGUAUAUGGAUUAUCCUGCCAAAGAUAAUUUCCAAGAUCAAGUCCAUAUCCGCGAUUCAGAUAUGGCUUCUGGAAAUAAGCACGAAUCGGUGAAUAAUGCACUUGUAUCUCACACUAUUAAUGAGAAGGCACUUUUAAGUAAUUUUGAAAGGCCACUAUCCUCCCUGGUAUCCGAAUCAAAUAGAAAUUCUCUAUUCAUUUCACCAACAGGUGAUAUUCUAAACAAAACAAGGUUAUCCAAGCUUUACCAGGAAAGCCCCCGAUUACUACAAAAACCUCUGAUUAUGAGAAGCGAUAAUGUAUCUUCAAAUUCUCUAGUCUCCACAAUCUCUUCAUCGUCCACUUCGUCGCUCGACAACGGUGGUGAGAAAGAGGUGGGUGAAGACAUAAAGAAACCCGCAAAAAUUGCAGCUUCGCCAAGUCGGAAGCUGCUGAGUUCGUCCGGAAGUGAUCAUAGUUUAAAGAGCAAACAUAGCAAGGUUAAUCUGUUGGCCGUACGGUCUAAAAGGAAACCUACACCUUCGACUUACCUCGAACACAUGCUGGAGGGGAAACAACAGGAUGAGUGA